ACAUCAGGUGAAUUGGUUAUUAAUUCACCGGAAAUAGUCUUUAGCUCUGCCUAGUUCUUGGUAGCUAGUUGGGACGGUAAGUCCAACCCUCCCGUGUUUUCCAACUGUUUCGCAUUUGUUCCCAUAGCACCGAACAAGUGCAUCGAAAAUGCAUUUAACUAUUUUUGGGUAGACUACGUGCGCGGCAUCUGGAUCAGGAUUUUGGCCUAUGCGGGAGCUACAAGCAUACAUAGCUGCUGCUGCCACAUGCAGCAAGGGAGUAACUGAGCAAGUGAGCAACUGAGAUUUUUGGAUAUCAGUCACGUAACGGAUAUUUUCUUAUUGAUAUGCGAUUACCGCGCAUGCGCACGUACUGCAUACCACUAAGACAAUGGACACAUUUUUCUUUUGCAUAAAUUAAGCCGCCGAGCAAACACAAACAGCGAGGGAACCCGAAGGCCAGAUAAUAAAGAAUUUCAACGAGUCGAAGCCACCGCAAACAUGCUUAGAAUAAAACCAACAAGAACCCACCAGCAGCAGCAGCAGCAGCAGCAACAAUAAAAAAGAAAGGAAACCGCUCAGGAAAACUACCAGCGAAAACAAUUGCAACAUGCGGGAGGGAGACGACCACCUCGAUCAGGUAGCCAUAGCCCAUACGAUCCCAUCCGAUCCGAAGACCCUGUCCCCAGGAUCCUAGCGAACACUAUCACAGGGUACCGCAGAUACGAUACCCACUCGUUUCGGAUCGGUUCGGUUCCGUUCGCUUCGAUCGGUCACGUUCGGAUUGUACCUCGUAAAAGUUUCUUCCGUUUCGAUCGUUACUUUCAGUUGUUUGCGCACAUUCAAGCCAAUCGGUUGGCUCCGCUCGAUUCCAUCCACAAACUUUACGGAUUACGCUGGAUUCGAAUGAAGAUACCCACAGGAAGUGAUAUUAUUUCGACCGCAACUGUAAUCCAUAUGCACACGAUCGUGCCCAUCCAGAUACGAGAUCUUGCUGGCUGUUGAACUCAAGAGAAUCCACUUGAACCAUGGCAAAAGUGCAGAUCACGCUGGUGAUGAUCAUUGCGAUCGUCUCUGCCUCUGCGGACUUGGGAUGCGAUUAUGGCCAUCAUCGUUGCUUCAUCGAUGUUACUGUGGAAAACAGUAACCGCCAGCGGCACCUCCUCUCCGACAUGGACAUUACGCUGCAGUGCAUCCGACCCAUGGCCAAGUGGUUCUAUGAGGACAAGUUCCAACUGAAGGCUACCCUUCUGCGACUUGAACGAGCACAGUCCGGAAAUUCAGGGAACUACGGCUGCCUGGAUGGUCAGAACAGAUGGUACAAUAUUUCCUUGGUUGUGGGCCAUAAGGAGCCAGUUGGCAAUGACAUCGCCAGCUUUGUCAAGUUGGAAGAUGCACGUCCAGUCCCGGAGUCGGAUCUCUUUUUCCAGCCCCUGAAUGAUAGUCGCUCCCUAAAGUUGCUGCAACCACUACCCAAAACCGUCCAACGAACCGCCGGUGGUCUCUUCCAGUUGAGCUGCAGUCCCACGGAUCCGGAUGCAAAGGGUAUCAAUAUAUCCUGGCUGCACAAUGACACUCAAAUCCUUGGCGGACGUGGGCGGAUUAAGCUGAAAAGAUGGUCGCUGACAGUGGGGCAACUGCAGCCGGAGGAUGCUGGAAGCUAUCACUGUGAGCUGUGCGUGGAACAGGACUGCCAAAGGAGUAAUCCCACCCAACUGGAGGUGAUUAGCAGAAGUCACACAGUGCCCAUGCUGAAGCCGGGAUAUCCCCGCAAUGCCAGCAUUGCCCUUGGGGACAAUGUAGGCAUUGAGUGCCUCCUGGAGGACUCUGCCCUGGAGCCGAAGAUAACGUGGCUGCACAAGGGGUAUGAGGACAACAUCGAUGACCUGUUGCAGCGAUUAAGAGAGCAGUCCCAGCUACCGGUGGACGUUACCAAACUGAUUACCCGAAUGGAUGAGCCACAGGUACUGCGUCUGGGAAAUGUCGAAAUGGAGGAUGGCGGAUGGUACAUAUGCAUAGCCGAGAACCAGGUCGGACGCACUGUGGCCGCCGCCUAUCUGGAUCUGUACAGUCCUUUGGACACCACCACGGUUCGCACCACCACUACUAGCACCACAAUGGCCAGCCCAAUGCCCACGGCAGCCACUGCAGGAGAGGACACCGAUGAGGACGUGGAAAGUCCAGGAGCCGAGUCAUCCGGUGGUGUGGGUCCACCUGAGUGGAAAAAAGAGUUGAAUAAAUUGCAGCACUCAUUAUCGGGAAACACCGUCAAUCUUGCCUGCCCAGUGUAUGGGAAAGCGAACAUUACCUGGACGAAGGACAGGAAGCCGCUAAACCGUGCACUGGGCUCCUAUGUGCAAAAGAACUGGAACCUCCGUUUCGUGGAGGCCACCAGCGAGGACUCGGGCAUGUACAACUGUAAGGUGUGCAACGAGUGGGGCUGCAACCAGUUUGAAUUCAGCGUCCUAAUCAACGAUCGCACGAGAUCCGCGCCAAUCAUUGUGGUGCCGCAAAAUCAGACGGUGAAAGUCAAUGGCACCGUGGUGAUGAAGUGCACCGUCUACUCUGAUCUGCAUCCCACGGUCAGCUGGAAACGGGUUGUCCUCAAGAAUGCCACCCUGGACGGUCUUCAGUCUGUGCAGAUCCAAAGUCUUAACUUUACCGUGACGAACGACUCAGUGGUUCUAACGCUUCAAAAUGUGACCUUUGACCAGGAGGGUUGGUACACCUGUUUGGCCUCAAGCGGCCUGGGAAGGAGCAACUCCAGUGUGUACCUGAGGGUAGUGAGUCCACUGCCACCUUUGGAGAUCUAUGCCCUGCUGCACGCCCAUCCGCUUGGAUUUACCUUGGCCGCCAUUACCAUAGUGGCUCUGUUCCUUUUUGGCAGUGCCUUCAUAACGUUCAUGCUGCGUCGACUGCGGAGGGAGAAGCUGCUGAAGCUGCGCAUCGAAACGGUUCAUCAGUGGACCAAGAAGGUGAUCAUAUACCGACCGGGCGGAGAGGAAGGCAGUGGCUGCAGCUCCGGCGAUCUUCAGAUGCCAGUGAUAAGGAUCGAGAAGCAGCGAACGACCGUUUCCACAACGGGAACAGGCGGUACUGAUCCUGCCCAGGGCUUCAAUGAGUAUGAGUUCCCGCUGGACUCCAACUGGGAGAUUCCAAGGCAUCAGCUCAGCUUGGGCUCCAUCCUGGGCGAGGGUGCCUUUGGACGCGUAGUAAUGGCGGAAGCGGAGGGUCUGCCAAGGAGUCCACAACUGGCCGAAACCAUUGUGGCCGUCAAGAUGGUCAAGGAGGAGCACACGGAUACGGACAUGGCCAGUCUGGUGCGUGAAAUGGAGGUGAUGAAAAUGAUUGGCAAGCACAUAAACAUCAUCAAUCUCCUGGGCUGCUGCAGCCAGGGCGGUCCUCUGUGGGUGAUCGUGGAGUAUGCGCCACAUGGCAACCUCAAGGAUUUCCUCAAGCAGAAUCGACCGGGUGCUCCACAGCGACGGAGUGACAGCGAUGGCUAUCUGGAUGACAAGCCACUGAUUUGCACUCAACAACUUGGCGAAAAGGAGCUCACCAAGUUCGCGUUCCAAAUCGCUCGAGGAAUGGAGUACCUCGCUUCAAGACGGUGCAUUCAUCGCGAUCUGGCUGCCCGUAAUGUCCUUGUAAGCGAUGGCUACGUUAUGAAGAUCGCCGACUUUGGACUGGCAAGGGAUAUCCAAGAUACGGAGUAUUACCGGAAGAACACCAACGGGCGCUUGCCCAUCAAGUGGAUGGCGCCGGAGUCGCUGCAGGAGAAGAAGUACGACUCGCAGAGCGACGUCUGGAGCUAUGGUGUUCUGUUGUGGGAGAUCAUGACCUAUGGCGAUCAGCCAUACCCACACAUACUGUCCGCCGAGGAGCUCUACAGCUACCUGAUUACGGGUCAGCGCAUGGAGAAGCCGUCCAAGUGCUCACUGAACAUCUACGUGGUAAUGCGACAGUGCUGGCACUUUGAGUCCUGUGCACGACCCACGUUCGCGGAGCUGGUGGAGAGCUUCGAUGGGAUCCUGCAGCAGGCUAGUAGCAAUCCCAACGAUGCCUAUCUGGACCUCUCGAUGCCCAUGCUGGAGACGCCGCCCUCAUCGGGGGAUGAGGAUGAUGGCUCCGACACCGAAACAUUCCGGGAAACCUCCCCCCUUAGAUAUCAGUACACCUAUAAGUUUAAUUAGUCCGUACUUUAAGUAUAAGGAGACCAAAAAUAAUUCCAACGAGUCAAUCCGAUCCCAUCGAAGCAUCGCCAACCAUCAUCUCAUCCCAGAAAGUGCCAAAGAAAAGAUCGCAGAAGAAACAUUCGACGAAGUUAUUCCAAAUACCGCGAAAGUUAAGCACUAGGCUUCGCCUUGUUUAAAUUCAUGUUCUAUAUGAAUAAUAAAUUCGAUUUCCAAGAAGCACGCGAUGUUGGCUUAACGACAAAGACUUAAAUAGCAAUCUCAUUCUUUAAUCAUACAUAGUUCUUAUGUGUCUUAUGUAUAUGAGCAAUGUUUUGUACUGGGUCUUUGGGCUUCAUUUAUUUCAUAAUGUUUCUUGUUGAGCCAAUAAAAACGAAUUUGUUUUACUGUA